CGCACUUAACUAAUCCAUCACAUGUGUUUCCGACAGCGACACCGUUCAGAGUCUUAGAAAUAAAUGAAUAAAUGAGCCGGUGUCCCCGGGGAUGUAGCUGUCCGUCCGCGGAACAGUGAAGCGUGCUGGGUAGUGAAGCCCGUCAGCUCGCAGACUGAGCGACGCCAGCCUUCUAAGGAGCCACUGCCCGGGAGAAUGGUGGAGCGCACUGGCUGAAAGGAUGUAUUCCAGUCCAUCCUGCCUCAACCCAGUCCGAGCCUUGCCUUGUGCCCAGGAGCCCCAUGCACUCCGCCACAUCCAUCACAUCCCUGUUCUCCUUCACCAGCCCGGCCGUGAAACGCCUGCUGGGCUGGAAGCAGGGCGACGAGGAGGAGAAGUGGGCGGAGAAGGCCGUGGACUCGCUGGUGAAGAAGCUGAAGAAGAAGAAGGGCGCCAUGGAGGAGCUGGAGCACGCGCUGAGCUGCCCGGGGCAGCCCAGCAAAUGCGUGACCAUCCCGCGCUCGCUGGACGGCCGUCUGCAGGUGUCGCACCGCAAGGGCCUGCCGCACGUCAUCUACUGCCGCGUGUGGCGCUGGCCCGACCUGCAGUCGCACCACGAGCUCAAGGCCCUCGACUGCUGCGAGUUCCCCUUCGGCUCCAAGCAGAAGGACAUCUGCGUGAACCCCUACCAUUACCGCCGCGUGGAGACGCCAGUGCUGCCGCCGGUCCUGGUGCCGCGCCACAGUGAGUUCAACCCUCAGCACAGCCUGCUGGCCAAGUUCCGCAACGCCUCCCUUCACAACGAGCCACUCAUGCCCCAGAAUGCCACCUUCCCGGACUCCUUCCCCCCGCUGCCCUGCGCCUCCUUCUCCUCCUCGCCAUCUAACUCUGUCCAGUCUCCCGCCGCUCACAGCUACCCCAGUUCCCCGAGCAGCCCCUCGGACCCCGCUAGUCCCUAUCAGAUCACAGCAGAGACUCCACCUCCUCCAUACAGCAUGAUGGAAACCAGCCCUCCAGAGGAUGUGAAGCCAGCUGAGGCAUCCAGCCCUGCUAAACUCAUCCUGUCAGCCCCGCACAGAGACAUGCGGCCAGUGUGUUACGAGGAGCCGGAGCACUGGUGUUCCGUGGCCUACUAUGAGCUCAACAACCGAGUGGGCGAGACCUUCCACGCCUCCUCACGCAGCAUCCUGGUCGACGGCUUCACUGAUCCCUCCAACAACAAGAACCGCUUCUGCCUGGGCCUGCUCUCCAAUGUCAACCGCAACUCCACCAUCGAGCACACCCGCCGGCACAUCGGCAAAGGAGUGCACCUGUACUACGUGGGUGGGGAGGUGUAUGCAGAGUGCCUGAGUGACAGCAGUAUUUUCGUCCAGAGUCGGAACUGUAACUACCAGCACGGCUUCCAUGCCACCACCGUCUGCAAGAUCCCCAGUGGCUGCAGCCUCAAGAUCUUCAACAACCAGCUGUUUGCCCAGCUGCUGUCCCAGUCAGUCAACCACGGCUUCGAGGUGGUCUACGAGCUCACCAAGAUGUGCACCAUCCGUAUGAGCUUUGUCAAGGGCUGGGGUGCAGAAUACCACCGUCAGGAUGUCACUAGCACCCCCUGUUGGAUUGAGAUACAUCUACAUGGGCCUUUGCAGUGGCUUGACAAAGUUCUUACCCAAAUGGGAUCCCCACAUAACCCCAUCUCAUCUGUGUCCUAACACUGUAUAUACACUCAGUAACCCAUACCACAUCCAGAGGAUCAGUACCAGAGAAGGCAGCAUUGAACCCUCUCAUUUUCAGUAGAGGUUUAUGGUACAAGUGGGUUAUCAGCACCUGAUGACAUACCAAGACAUGCUUUUAAAAGCAUCUUGUGCAGCUAAGAGGCAAAAUAUAUGUUAAGAAUUUUUUUUUAUUAUCAUGGUCACUAUUCCAUAGUCUGAUAUCAGUUCUGUACAAUUAAAGACAGCAACAUAAAUAAUAAGUUAACAAAAGAGGACAGAAAGAUGAUGCAUCAGUGGUAGCAAUGUUAAGUUGGAGUUUGCUUUGGCAACAUAAAUUGUGACUGCUAUAACA